AUGGCUCAACAAUUCUUGUUCUUCUUGGUCCUCGCGUCCUGUCUACUCCUCAGCUUCACAUUUGAAGUCGUCGACUUUGACACUUUCUCAAGGUUUGUUCAAAAUUGCAUUUUUCAGCUUUUUUGAAUAAAACUGAUAAGAAUAGCCUCGAGAAGUUCUGUUUGAAUCAGUUCAGAUUCAGAUUGAAAUUUUUCGAAAAUUCUGAUCUCGGCAGAUUUUUCCCAAAGUUGGUAAUAAAUUUCAAUUUUCCUAAUCUAAUCAUUCUUAAAAAUCUUUUUAAAUGGUAGUCCGCAAAGUGCGAUCCUUAAGUUUGAAAAGAAAAAAUUUCUAGAUACGUAGUUCUUUUUUUAAUCUAAAAUUCAACGCAACUUUUCUAACAUCAUUUACUUGCAGAUUCAUGGACAAGCACCUGGAAGAGUUGGGACUGGACCGAACAGGGGCCCGAGCAAUUCCGUUUGUCGAGAACAGAGCCAGCCGAAUAAGCGUCAAGCGACAUGCCAACGAAUGGGAACGACUUGGACCGAUUUGGGGCUGA